GCUCGCUCACUCACUCCCCCACCCACUAACAGGGUGUCAUGGCGGCGGCGAGCCGGAGCAGAGCGAUUCAGGAAGAGAUGGCGCUCUGAAAAGAAAAACUCCGAGAAGAACUGCAAGCGCACUCGGAGCAGCCGAGAGAGGAUUUCUGCUCGCGUUUUGGAGUGUUUUUAGCUGGCAGAGAGCGGGUGUGAGAACGAGAGAGCUCAUAAUUAUCCUGCUCAGCAGCAGAAGAGACCCCAGGGAAAGUGCUGAGUGCGGGAGCUGGAAUCUCACCUGGAAUCUCACCUGUCCCACCUGCUGUGUUCCCAGACCCCCAGCUCUUGAUGUUGAGCCGGUUUUAAGGCUCCUUUUCAGAACACACAGCUUAAUCCUGCGCAUUCGACGUACUAUUUUAAACCUGAGUCACCUUGAAGAGGAACAGGUGUCUCACCUCACCUGAUCUGAUAUGGCUGAGGAGAAAGCGCCCCCUGGUGGAGGGGGCAUCAUGCCUACUGUGCCCAUCAGGGGGAUCCGGAUGAAGUUUGCCGUGCUGGAGGGACUCAUCGAGGCUGGAGAGGUCACACACCGAGACAUCGUGGAGACGGUGUUCAACCUGCUGGUCGGUGGUCAGUUUGACCUGGAGAUGAACUUCGUCAUCCAGGAGACGGAGAGCAUUGUGUGCAUGGUGGACCUGUUGGAUAAGUGCGAGGUGACGUGUCAGGCCGAGGUGUGGAGCAUGUUCACGGCCGUGCUGAAGAAGAGCGUGAGGAACCUGCAGGCCUGCACCGACGUCGGCCUCAUCACGCUCGUCCUGCAGAGGAUAGACAGAACGGACAGCAUGAUCGCAGACCUGUUGGUGGACAUGUUGGGUGUUCUGGCGAGUUACAGCAUCACAGUGAAGGAGCUGAAGCUUUAUUUCAGUAAACUGCAGGGAGAGAAAGGACAGUGGCCUCCUCAUGCUGUGAAACUGCUCUCGGUGUUGAAGUCCAUGGCCCAACGCUCCGGCCCUGAUGCAUUCUUCACUUUUCCUGGAAAGAGUGCAGCGGCCAUAGCACUUCCGCCAAUCGCUAAGUGGCCAUACCAGAACGGCUUCACCUUCCAUACCUGGCUGCGUCUGGAUCCCAUCAGCAACAUCAACGUCGAUAAAGACAAGCCAUACCUGUACUGUUUUCGCACGAGUAAAGGGAUGGGUUAUUCGGCCCAUUUUGUUGGUGGUUGUCUGAUUGUUACUGCUUUAAAGGCCAAAGGGAAAGGGUUCCAGCACUGCGUCAAGUUCGACUUCAAACCCCAGAAGUGGUACAUGGUGACCAUCGUGCAUAUCUACCAUCGCUGGAAGAACAGUGAAAUUAGCUGCUAUGUGAACGGAGAGCUGGCAUCUUACGGAGAGAUCACGUGGUUCGUCAACACCAGCGAUACAUUUGAUAAAUGUUUUCUGGGCUCGGCGGAGACGGCGGAUGCGAACCGUGUGUUUUGCGGUCAGAUGGGGGCAGUGUAUCUGUUCAAUGAUGCCCUCAAUGCUGCACAGAUCCUCGCCAUCUAUCAGUUAGGCCCCUCCUACAAGGGUGUGUUUAAGUAUAAAGCAGAAAGCGACAUCCUGUUUGCGGAUCAUCAUAAAUCUCUGCUGUAUGAUGGCAAACUGAGCAGCAGCAUCGCCUUCACCUACAACCCUCGAGCUACAGACGCCCAGCUGUGCCUCGAGUCGUCACCCCGAGACAACACGUCCAUCUUCAUACACUCUCCUCACGCCCUGAUGCUGCAGGAUGUGAAGGCUGUGGUCACUCACUCGGUUCAGAGUGCUGUUCACUCCAUCGGAGGAGUGCAGGUUCUUUUCCCUCUCUUCACUCAGUUGGACUUUGUGCAGCCAAACAGCGAAGAACCUGAUAUCUCUGUCUGCUGCACUCUGUUGUCGUUCCUGCUGGAGUUGUUGAAGUUGUCCGUAGCGAUGCAGGAGCAGAUCCUCACCUGUAAGGGCUUCCUUGUCAUCGGAUACUCUCUGGAAAAGUCUUCCAAAGUCCAUGUAACGAGGCCUGUGCUGGACAUCGUUUUGUCAUUUGCUCGAUACCUGAGUAACCUACCCAACGGCAUCUUAUUGCUAAAACAGCUGUGUGAUCACAUCCUGUUCAACCCGGCCAUCUGGAUACACACACCAGCCAAGGUGCAGCAGGUCUUGUACACAUAUUUAGCCACCGAGUUCAUCAGCACAGUGACAAUCUACAACGCCGUGCGCCGGGUGGGAACCGUGCUGCAGGUCAUGCACACGCUCAAAUAUUAUUACUGGGUGGUUAAUCCACAGGACCGCAGUGGAGUGAUACCUAAAGGCCUCGAUGGCCCAAGGCCCAAUCAGAAGGAGAUCCCUGCUCUCAGAGCGUUCCUGCUGCUCUUCAUCAAGCAGCUCAUUAUGAAGGACUUGGGAGUGAAGGAAGAUGAGCUGCAGAGCAUCCUCAACUACCUGCUCACCAUGCAUGAGGAUGAUAACCUAAUGGACGUCCUGCAGCUCCUCGUGGCGUUGAUGUCCGAACACCCGAGUUCCAUGGUGCAGGCAUUCGAUCAGCGUAACGGCAUCCGAGUAAUUUACAAACUGUUGGCGUCUAAAAGUGAAGGGAUUCGAGUGCAGGCUCUAAAAGUGUUGGGUUAUUUCCUCCGACAUUUACAACCCAAGAGGAAGUCUGAGGUCAUGCUGAGUCACGGUUUGUUUUCGCUACUGACUGAACGCCUGCUUCUGCACUCCAGUCAGUUCUCCAUGACCACCUACAACGUCCUGUUUGAGAUUCUGACAGAGCAGAUCUGCACACAGGUGAUCCACAAGCAGCACCCAGAACCGGACUCUUCUGUCAAAAUCCAAAGCCCACAGAUCCUAAAGGUGAUUGCAGCUCUGCUGAAGAACAGCGUGUGUCCCGACAGCAUGGAGAUUCGCCGUGUGUUUCUGUCCGACAUGAUCAAACUGUUUAACAGCAGCCGAGAAAACAGGAGGAGUCUCCUGCAGUGCUCGGUGUGGCAGGAGUGGAUGCUCUCUCUCUGCUUUAUAAAUCCGAGCAGCAGUGAGGAGCUGAAGAUCACAGAGAUGGUGUACACCGUCUUCCGCAUCCUCCUCUAUCACGCCAUCAAGCACGAGUGGGGAGGCUGGCGCGUGUGGGUCGACACACUCUCCAUCACACACUCCAAGGUCACCUUCGAGCAGCACAAAGAGAGCUUAUCCCGUGUUUAUAACGAAUACCAGCGGAUGGGUUCUGACAGUGGUGCUGAGAUCAGAACCGUUUCUGGGUCGAGCAGGAACAGUGAGUUUUCUGCAGAGACUCCGGUCGAGCCUCCAUCCACCAUUAUCGAACUCAAGGUGGACGAACAGAUCUGUGGAGAACAUGACGGACAUGAGGAAAGAGCGCAAGUCACCGUUUCAAACAUUUUAGCCAGAGCUGAAGAAGAGGAUGUGAAAGAGGGGGAAGAAAAUGAUGAAGCCUCAAUUCUGAAGAAACAGGAUGAAGGUGAAUUGGAGGCAUCUAAAGAGAAAAAGAAGAAUGAGGAGGACAAGCCGGAAGUGGCAGGAGGAAAGGAAACGGAAGGAGAAGCUGUGGAGGAAGAGACAGACGGUGAUAAAUCGGUUAAUGAAGACCAGAGUGAAGCAGGUGUUCGUAAAAGUGCAGAAGCAAGCAGCCAGAAGUUAGAAGCUGACCAGGAAGCCAAUGCAGAGAAGAUCUCAGAAAACGAUGAAGAUGAUGAUAAACACAGAACUGCAGAUGAAACGGAAAUGAAAGUUGACCCAGGUGAAGGAGGAAAAGAAUUAGAAAGAGGUGAGGCUCAAAAGAAAGAUGUAGUUGAGUCAACUUCUGAGACUUCAGUCCAAGGAGAUGGUGAAGAGAAAAAAGAGAAAGAGGAGAAGAAAUCUGAGAUUUCAGAGGAGGGCCCCAGGACAGAGGUGAGCCCUAGUGCGGAGGAGGGUCCAGACAUGGAAGUGCAGGCCAAUGUGGAGGUGAGCCCCAGCACAGAGGUGGUCCCAAGUGCAGACAAAGAUCCUGGUGUCCAGGGAAGCCCUAGUAAGGAGACAAGCCCCAGUUCAGAGGAGGGUCCGAGUACACAAGAGGGCCCCGGUGUCCAGGAGAGCCCUAGUGUGGAGGUGAGCCCCAUCACUGAGGGGGACGCAAGUAGGCAAGAGGGCCCCAAUGCGGAGAAAAGCCCCAGCACGCACGAAGGUUCGAGCCUUAGCACGACGGAGGACGGUCAGAGUACUCAAGGAGUCCCCAGUGUGAAGGCUCCUGGUGUCCCGGAGAGCCCCAGUGCGGAGACGGGCUUCAAGCCUAAAGAUGUUCAAAUUGCCAGACUGGACGUCUCCAGCGUGGCGAUGGACACGGAAAGACUGGAGCUAAAAGACACCUCCGCUGCUGUUGGAGGCCAAGCCCAAGCAGCGGCCAGCACAUUAGCACAGAACCGAGAUGGUUCCUCAUCCUCCCCUCGUUCCAGCAUGUUCCGUAUCCCGGAAUUCAAGUGGUCUCACAUGCACCAGCGCCUGUUGACCGACCUGCUCUUCUCCAUCGAGACAGAUGUGCAGAUGUGGAGGAGCCACUCCACUAAGACGGUGAUGGACUUUGUGAACAGCAGUGAGAACGUGGUCUUUGUGCACAACACGGUGCAUCUGAUCUCUCAGGUGGUGGAUAAUCUGAUCAUGGCGUCUGGAGGAAUCCUGCCUCUGCUCUCUGCGGCCACUUCAUCCACGCACGAGCUGGAGGCGAUUGACGCGUCUCAGGGUCUGGAAGUGGAAACAUCUCUAUCCUACCUGCAGCGUCUCGUCUCUCUGGUGGACGUCCUCAUCUUGUCCAGCUCGCUGAACUUCACCGAGAUUGAGGCGGAGAAGAACAUGACAUCAGGAGGAGUGCUGAGACAGUGCUUACGCCUCGUGUGCACUAUGGCUGUGAGGAGUUGUUUGGAGUGUCAGCAUCACUCUCUCUGUAAAGCUGGAAUGGAGAAAACACAGCAAGGCCUUCUGGGAAAUGCUAAGUUUAUUCCAGCACAGAGUCCUGUUGACGUGCUAACAGGAGGGGUCUCUGCAAUCCGAGAUGUGGAACGUCUGCUACAGGACAUGGACAUCAACCGUCUCCGUGCCAUCGUCUUCAGAGACAUUGAGGACAGUAAGCAGGCUCAGUUUUUGGCUCUGGCUGUUGUUUACUUCAUCUCCGUUCUCAUGGUGUCCAAAUACCGAGACAUUCUGGAGCCACACAAUGACAAGAGAGUCAACACACACACUGCUCCGAGCACAGAGAGCGUCAGUUCUGAUCUGCAAAACUCCUCCCCUCUCCAACGUCAUGACUCCGCCCAACCAAAUGAGAGCUCACCUGUUGCCCCGAGCGAUGCCGUGUCCUGCUCGGCGCCGGAUGCCAUCUCUGAGGCCCUGUCCACGUUGUCAUCUGAGGUCAAAGGUCACGAGGACACGGACAAGGACAAAAAGGGAAAGAGUGUAAAGGUGAAGGAUAUUCUGCGGAGCCUGGUAAGCUCCGCCCCUGCAGAUGAUGUCAUCGUGGAGGCAAGUCUCUUACCACCAGCGUUUUUGGGGAAGCAAGAACUCCACCCCCAGUUCAGCUCAUUUGACAGGAGCGUUGUUGUGGCAUCUAAAAAAGUGGGUGGAGCUCCUGCAGCUGGCCCUGCCCCUUCCCCCUCCUCCACUCUCGUCCCACAAUCCACCUCGGCCUUCUCAGGUGGAAGUCCAGUUGUCAGCGUUUCUGUGGUUUCCACAGAUGACACUGCCCCAAGUGUUGCUGCGGAGUCAGGAGGAGCAGCAGCAGCUGCUUCAACCCUGCCAUCUGUUCCACUCUCACCCACCACCACCUUGAGUAUCUCGGAGCGCCUGGAACAUGCUCUGGAGAAAGCUGCUCCGUUACUGCGGGAGAUUUUCGUGGACUUUGCUCCAUUCCUGUCCCGAACUUUACUCGGGAGCCACGGACAGGAGCUACUCAUCGAGGGAACGAGUUUGGUGUGUAUGAAGUCCAGUAGCUCUGUAGUGGAGCUCGUGAUGCUGCUAUGUUCUCAGGAAUGGCAGAACUCCAUCCAGAAGAAUGCAGGUUUAGCCUUCAUCGAGCUCGUCAAUGAGGGAAGGUUGCUGAGUCACACGAUGAAGGAUCAUCUCGUCCGUGUUGCAAAUGAAGCUGAGUUCAUUCUGAGUCGACAGAGAGCUGAGGACAUACACAAACAUGCUGAUUUUGAGUCUCACUGUGCUCAGUACGCCGCGGAGAAGCGUGAAGAAGAGAAGAUGUGCGAUCACCUGAUCCGAGCUGCCAAAUACCGUGAUCAUGUGACCGCCACACAGCUCAUCCAGAAGAUCAUCAACAUCCUGACUGACAAACAUGGAGCCUGGGGGAGCUCCACUCACAGGAAGCAGUGUUUUUGGCGUUUGGAUUUUUGGGAGGAUGAUCUGAGGAGACGUCGUCGAUUGAUCAGGAAUCCCUUUGGGUCGUCACACUCAGAAGCUACACUCAAAUCUGCAGUUGAACAUGCUCCGGAAGACGACGUGCUGAAAGGACAACAGCUGGGGAAAGACACGGCGAGGACUCAGAGCCCCGAGAGCGAGAGUUUGACGGAGGGAGAUGACGACACGAUCUCAUCUCUGGAGGAGAAAGAGCUAGACACUCUCACAGGCACGGUGUCUUUCAGCACGGUGGCCGAGCUCGUCUCUCCUGCACUCGCCAUGAAAGGAACUCUGUCCAUCACGGCUAACGAGCUUUACUUUGAGGUGGACGAAGACGAGGCGAGCUUCAAGAGUAUCGACCCCAAGUUGUUGGCCUAUACGGACGGACUGCACGGGAAGUGGAUGUUCUCGGAGAUGCGCGCGAUCUUCUCUCGGCGGUUCCUCCUGCAGAACACGGCGCUGGAGAUCUUCCUGGCCAAUCGGACCUCGGUGAUGUUUAACUUUGCUGAUGCUGCUACAGUAAAGAAAGUCAUUUACGUGCUGCCGAGAGUCGGAGUCGGCACGAACUUUGGCCUCCCUCAGACCAGACGGAUUUCUCUAGCGACUCCUAAACAGCUCUUUAAAGCCUCCAACAUGACUCAGCGCUGGCAGAAACGUGAAAUCUCCAACUUUGAGUACCUCAUGUUCCUCAACACCAUUGCAGGCCGCACGUAUAACGACCUGAAUCAGUAUCCUGUGUUUCCGUGGAUCAUCAGCAACUAUGACAGCGAGGAGCUCGACCUCACACUGCCCAGCAACUACAGAGACCUGAGCAAGCCCAUCGGAGCCCUGAACCCGAAGAGAGCCGCUUUCUUCUCCGAACGCUAUGAAUCAUGGGAAGAUGAGCAGGUCCCCAAAUUCCACUACGGCACACACUAUUCCACAGCCAGCUUCACCAUGAUGUGGCUGCUGAGGCUCGAGCCGUUCACUACGUUCUUCCUCAACUUCCAAGGGGGGAAGUUUGAUCAUGCAGACCGGACCUUCUCCUCCAUCGCCAGAGCCUGGAGAAACUGUCAAAGAGACACAUCUGACGUGAAGGAGCUGAUCCCGGAGUUCUUCUACCUGCCAGAGAUGUUCAUUAACACUAAUGACUAUAAUCUGGGAGUGAUGGAUGAUGGGACAGUGGUGUGUGAUGUCGAGCUGCCGCCGUGGGCAAAGAGUCCAGAGGACUUUGUUCGCAUCAACCGCAUGGCACUGGAGAGUGAGUUUGUGUCAUGUCAGCUCCAUCAGUGGGUGGAUCUGAUCUUUGGCUAUAAGCAGCGUGGACCUGAAGCAGCGCGCGCCCUCAACAUCUACUACUACCUCACCUACGAGGGAGCGGUGAAUCUCAGCUCCAUCACUGACCCACUGCUGAGAGAGGCUGUAGAGGCUCAGAUCCGGAGUUUUGGUCAGACUCCGUCUCAGCUGCUGAUUGAACCUCAUCCACCACGGAGCUCUGCCAUGCAGGUGACCCCACUGAUGUUUACGGAGCAGAUGCAGCAGGAUGUGAUCAUGGUGCUGAAGUUUCCCUCAAACUCUCCAGUGGUGUCCGUGUCAGCUCACACUCAGGCCGCUCUGUCGAACCCCGCCAUCGUUACCGUCACGGCCAAUCGCAUCUUCUCCAUCAACAAGUGGCAUGGCCUCACUGGUCACCAGAGCUCUUCAAACACGGAGCAGCAGUACCAGCUGCCGGUGGAGAUUGACCCUGUGAUAGUGAGUAACCUGAUGCACCGCAGACAGGUGUGUGAUUUACUGGAUCAGAGUGUGGAGGUGAACUCACACUGUUUCCUCGUCUCAGCCGAUAAUCGCUUCCUCUUCAUCGCCGGAUUCUGGGACAAGAGCUUCCGUAUCUACAACACCGACACAGGGAAGCUGGUGCAGAUUGUGUUCGGUCACCGUGACGUGGUGACAUGUGUGUUCCGGUCCGAGUCGUAUAUCGGAGGCGAUUGCUACGUGCUGAGUGGCUCGAGAGACGCCACACUGCUGCUGUGGUACUGGAGCGGGAAACACUGCUGCAUUGGAGAUGCACAUAGUGAAUUUGUGACUCCUCGAGCAAUUCUGACAGGCCACGACUGUGAAGUGACCUGCGCAAGUGUGUGCGCGGAGCUCGGAGUAGUCAUCAGUGGCUCCAAAGACGGCCCGUGUCUGUUACACUCGGUCAGUGGAGAGCUGCUACGUGUGUUUGAGAGCAGUGAGAGGCCGACACUGAUGAAGGCGAGUGCAGAGGGACACUGUGUCAUCUACUACAGCUCUGGACACGUGUGUGUGUACAGCAUCAACGGCAAACUGCUGUGCGACACACACAUCGAGGAUAACAUCAGGGCUAUGUUAUUGAGUAAGGAUGGUCAGUACCUGCUGUGCGGAGGAGAGCGGGGGGUUCUCACUGUAUGGCAGCUCCAUGAUCUCAAACAGCUCUUCACUUAUCCAGGCUGCGAUGCUGCCAUUCGCUCCAUGGCCAUGACCAACGACCAAAGAUGUAUCAUUACUGGCAUGGCAUCUGGCAGCAUUGUUCUCUUCUACAAUGAUUUCAAUAGAUGGCACCAUGAGUACCGAACCCGGUACUGAUCCCCUUUACCACGGUCGCACCCGGUGACCAUGGCGACAGCCCAAUGGCACCCUGAAUCACAACCCUGAACACUGAAUGUAAUCAGAAUAGCGUAGUUAUUUUUAAUAAAGAGUGUUGCUUUGUUUGUAGUUUUGUAGACCUUCUAGAAUUUUCUGAUUAAAUAUGAAAUAAAAUCUAUUUUUAGCUCUAUUUUCACCUCGAUGCUAAUGUGAAAGCAUAUAUACACACAUGUAUACACAGAGUAAAUAUUAGGUAUGUGCCGAUACUUAAUGUUUAAUAUCGCAGUAAUUUUAUCAAGGCUCAAUAUUAUCAUGAUAUUGUUCUGUUAAUAAAGGACGACUGUCUGCCAUGUUGGAAGACAUCUGUCCCUGUACUGCCUUUCAAAUGGGACACGCUUUCUCUCUCUCUCUCUCUCUCUCUCUCUCUCUGCCCUACGCAAAGCAUCUGUGAUAAAACUGCAGACUGCACAACAAAUAUCACAACGAAUCGUAUCAUCAGUGAUUAUCGGCACAUCCCUAAUCAAAUCCUUUUAUCUAUGUGCUUCUGGGUGAGUGGGAUUUUUUUUUUUUGUCUUUAAUGCUGUGACUGUUAUCUUCAGCAAACUCUAAUCGUGAUGAAAGUGAGAAUUAGGCUACUGAGCAAAACUCAACCUGUCCACUGCAGAGGAACGAAUCAGCUGUCUAAAUUCAAGAGAGUACCAGGAAUCGUUCGCGGAUCAUCACCAAUGUCACCACACGCGCGCACUAGUAAGCAACAAAGUCACAGGUGACCAUUUUUCUUUUAGGUUCUCUCAAUUCUAUGCAAAUGAGGUAUGACGUGGUAAAACAUGAAGCCUAGGACAUAGUACGUAAAUCAGACAAUCAGUUUUUUACACUGGUUAGUGCGCUAUUUAAUUUGUAUUUAAUUAGUUAACUUUAAAUGAUAUAUAAUUACUCCCUUUUCUCAUCUGAACCAUGCCUACAAUCAACACUGGUAAUGGUCACUGAAUGACCACAGUGAACGACUCGUCACUUGCUCGCAUGACCGUAGCCUGAUGUUCUUUUAAGUAAUCGUACCUGAAUGUAAUGCCAAGAUCGUACAUUUUUGCUGUUUGAACCCAGCACCGUUGAUGAUGUGAUAAUGAAUCACCAUUUAUGCACCAACCAACCAUUUAACUCAAACUGUUGCACCAAUUGAAGGGGUGGGGCCAAGCGGGUUUUGUCAAAUCCUGAAUUUAAGUCCUGUCGACUUCACAUUUAGCAUAAAAUGUCAAAUUUAAGUAUACUGUAACAGGUAGCUGAUGUUUAGCCAGCUUCAGCCACACGAGAAAACGAGCUAGAGCUAAACCUAACACGUUAAAACGGACAUCGUGCGCUCAAAAACCAAUGUUUUAGGAUAAGUAAGUUGAGCACAGGAAGCACUAAACGAUAUUAUGUGAUCGAUUUGUGAAUGGCAGCUCAAACUUCACUUAAGCUCCGCCCUCACUGUCCCAGACACGCCUUGUGACUAGCUGAGUGGAAAACUUGCGAAGUCGGUGUGUGAAUUACGAUUCGCUAGCAUCCUGAGCUUUAAGGUCAUCAGUGGAAUUACAAAUUAUAAAAUUACAUUUUGCAUUCACGUACGAUUAUUUCAGUCUAUAGCUAUAUGAUUUUCUGUUGCAAAUGGCGUCCGUGAUGAUCUGUGCUCUCCGUUUGUUUAUGAAGGGGCCGUGAUUUCAGCAAUAGCAGAAAAUAAGCAGUGGUGAUGUCCUUUAGUUUGUGCGCGCGAGUGUGUAGAGGGGUGAUACAAGUGAAUUUCAAGACAUUAUCAUCAUCAUGAUGUUUGUAUUUCCUUUUUUUUUUUAAUACUUAUAUCAGUCUGCCAGAUCUGUCCUGGUGUGUCUUACUGUAGCUGCAUACCUACUCCAACAGGAAGUGAUGUCAUCAAUAAAAUCUCUUGAAGCUUAAUUGGUUUAAUACUUGCACUAUGAAAGAAACCUGACAUGAUGUUCACUGCAUAAAGUGUGCACUUGCUGAAAUACGAACCCUAAAAUGAAACACUGGAGUGUGGUGACUAGACAUGUGCCGAUAUCGAGAGAACUUUUUAUCAUGGUGCAUGAUAUUUUCGCAGGACUCUCUUCUCAUUCUGUUCUAUCGAAACUGAGAACCCUGAAAAGAUUGCUAUUGUUGUGCUGACUUUUGAUUAGGACACAGCCUGAACAUGCUGCCUACUUAGGCAGCCUCCCCCCGUAUCGAGCCCACAGGGAGUGGUGAUAUUUCACGAUAUAGUGUCCCCGAUAUCGGCACAUGCCUAGUGGUGACGACAAUGUCACCUACUCAUUGUUUCUUCAUUGUUUGUAUUGUUUUGUUUCUAAACUAAGUUUUAUUUCCAUGACAAUCAGAGUGGAAAGGUGUGACGAGAUUGAAAUAAUAAAAGAGUUUUAUAAUUGAAUUCAAA